AUGCUUCGCUGCCCUCCCUCCCGCAUCAACCUCACUGCUUCUGACAUAGCAGGCUUCGAGCAGCGAUUCAUCGCUCGGCAUUCUGCUCACCUCGUACCGGCCAACCCCAGCAAUGUCCGCCUUAGCCCUGGCCCAGGCCGCUCGACAAGCCUGUCUUUCGUCCCGGCCGAACAGAAUGCUGCCCGAAAGCGAGCCGCUUCAUCGUCCUCGGGGCACGCUGCACACGAUGACCACACCGCAGAACGAGCAGGAACAUACCAUGCCGCCAAUUGCACAGAACCCAGGGAAGGAACUCUCGCAUGGACAGAUCAGCAAGGCGAUAGGCCACACACCGCUGGCAUCAUCGGGCCUACCGAAAUGCAACAGCCUCCUCAGCCUUCGCUUCCUAACAUCGAUGGUGCUGCAGAUCUAAGGGCUCCCCACUCGCCACCUGUAGUAAGAUGCGGUCUUCUACUUGCGAGCUCUUCAUCACCACAUGCAGCAGUGGAUGGGCCUAAUAACCCCGUUGACCAAACACCAAUACAUCGUGAGAUCAAGCCACACCUUCUCUCCAGCGCAAGGGCAAGACGCCGCAAUGGCCGCACACAGACCGACCAGAUACCAAUCGACUCUCCCGUUGAGGAGGAAGAGGCCGCGCAUCCCAGCCAGAUUGUCGCAUCAGCCCUGGCGAUACCCGAUCUAGUACUCCAUUCCGGCAUCGAGUCGUCGCCGACGAACCCAGCUCUUGACCGUGGGGCACCCGUGUUCGUGCCGCAGACCCGGUUCGCAAGGGCGACGAGGCCUCGUGCAGAGGUCUCUGGUGGACUGCGGCUCGAGCCACGCUGGAGCAGCGUUGACAGCACGCACAGCUCGCUGGAACUUCGCAUUCGCUCUUCCUCGGAGAGGAACAGUGACCUGCCGCCUGGAUCUCGCCAUGUCGCUCGUGUGCCGUCGGAGUCUUCUUUGGACAACACGCUUCUGUCCAACGAUGUCGAGAACUUCUCACGCAGACAACGUCGAAGGAGCCGCACAACCGAGCACAAUGGCAAUGCUAUGAUACAACCGGCCAACCUCGAGAGGUACCCACUGCUUCGUCCUCCUGUGGCACAUCGUCAGUCGAGCAGAAUCACCACCCGCAACAUCACGCCUCAUGUUCGCUUGGUGUCGCCUUCGAUGACGCAGCUGCGAGUCGUGACAGGGACGUCUUUGGGUGAGCAGUCUUCUAGGGUCAGGGAUGGCCCUCCGGACGCAGAUGCAUCAUCGUGGGAAGGACGAACGCUGCUGCGGCCUCUGUCUCCAGCAACACUGUCGAACAGUCAGUCGACACCGCACUUCUCACAGCAAUCUAUCCAUCCCGGACGCAUCUACAGCCGUGGCAGCUCGUUGUCAUGGAGCCGGUCGGCGUCUCGCGAAGGACGCGUCGACCAAGUUCCUAGCACCGCGGGUGCAGCAGCAAGUAGCUUCAGUGGCGAACGUAAGACUUCCCGGCAGUCCUCGAAAGAAGGCUUGGAUGCCGCAGCAGAGUUCCUGAGGAUGCGCAAUUCACCGCUCGAUGAUCUGACCGAGCGGCUGAGUCGGCUUUCUUCGAGUCGGCCACGCUCUGUGGGCCGAUCGUGGGUCGAGGCACCGAGAGGACGUCCCCGUGUGUCUCUACUCACGGGCGAUCCGUUUCGACCGGAGCCGAUUCCUCGUCCUGCAACCACUGACCCGCGGGUGUCUCAGCGCCCAGAACCCAAUGCUGUGUCGCCUUCAAACAGAACAGAAGCUCCGAGCGAGACAAAUACCAUGGUGGAAGAUCUUGUGGCUCUGUCUCUCGCCCUGCCACCUUCGUCAUCGCUCCCUUCCACGCCAGCAGUACCGAGUUCACCACCAUGCCCGAGUGCAACACAACGAAGCAUCCAUCCAACAUCAUCUCCCGACCCCGGUAGGCAGGGCUAUAGCUCGCCACCAAGCUGCAUCAAACGGAAGCCCGUCCCAAGUGGUCCGAAGACGCCCAAAGUCACUGUAUACGAUGACUCCAAGCCACCCAACACGCAGCCACAGACACCGGCAGAUGUUGGACGCUCCACGAGAAGGGUGAAAGCUCGUUCAGAGACGGCCGUUCAGCAGUCGCCAAUCGUUGUGCGCCAUGUGAAAAUCAGCACACCGCCGGUCAUUCCAGAGCGUUAUCCGCAUCGGUAUACUUACCCCCCUGGCGCUGCUCAGGGCUAUGCAGGACCAGCUGGAAACGCAGCAGGGCCCUCCGCUCAUCGUAGCAAUGAGCAUGUCGAGAACGACCUCGAAGGGCAUCUGCCGGGACUGGAGCAGGAUCGACGUACGUGGAUGAGUCGCCAGGAGGGAGUGAAUCUGGAUGUUACGCCGCCGAGGGAGGGGAGGUUCGAGAGGUAUCUUUCGUAA